UUGGUUUCUUUAAAAUUUCAAAAAGACGUGCGCCUCCGAGAGAUGACAAGACGUUUUGUAUUUACAAAGUCAGUUUGCUGUCGAAACAUUUUACAUUUUAAUUUACAUUAACAUUUUUUUUAAUUAGUUGUAUAGCGCAGAGUCUAAGCAAAGGAACAUGGACGAGAAAACUAAAGAUCCUGCAAGAACUGUGCAAGAGCUGCGCAAGCAGAAACUUCUGGAGUACCUUGCAAAUAAAGGGAAGCUGAAACCACCUAAUCCCAAACCUUAUUUAAGGGAUAUCCCCAAUACAAAGAAGGCACUACCAAAGUCAUCCUGCCAAACUUUUGCCCGUGUGGCCAGCAAAGGUAAAGAGAAUUCCUGUCCUGCUGUGUCUAAAUCAAUAGUGAAUAAGAACAAGAUCGGAGACCUUGAAAAUUGUUCUAUUUAUGCUGUGUCUAAUGAUGACCGUAAGCCUUGGAAUUCAAGCACUCUGAUUUCAAGACCAUCUGUGAAGACCUCUGUUUCCUUCAAGCCCUUGCCAAGUAGUUCUGCAGCAAAGCCCCCUAGUCAAUCUGCAUGUGUACCCUUGGAAAACCUUAGGGUUUCUGGAGCAUCACGGCAACAUCUGUCUGCAAAAGGUUUGAUUCCAAACCAUCGGCCUUCCAGUGCCACUCUGCAGCCCUCCACAAGGACCCAACUGCUACCUUCUGUAAGGACUGCAGUUAAAAGAGCAGGGGAGGGAGUACAUGUUCACAAUAAAACCACAGCCCAUCAAUUUGCUAAAGACUCUGGUGCUUUUCAACCAUUUGGGGACUUAAGAGCCACACGGCUGUCUUCUAGAGUAGUGGGUACAAAAACUUCCCUCACUGGAAGGAGACCAGAAGAAGCAAAGAGCAACUGCAAAACAGACAGGCAGAGUUCCAGGACUGUGGCAGUCCAAGACCAGAAAUCCAUGAUCCCACUCUCAAUCGGACAUUCCCGUAGAUCUUUUCAAAGUCAGGCACGUAUCAAAUCCUGUGAUAGAAUAAGUGCACGUAAAGUUACGGACAGACCUACGCUUGGUUCUCAGACUGUUGCCUUCACAGAUAAGAAGAGACCUUCUUCUGCAACCUCUGACAUGCACUUUUCACGACGGGAACCUAGUGAAUUGAAAAACAAUGUAAAAACUGCUGAGGGAAAUAAAAAAAUACUUUCCAAUAAACGUAGUAUAUGCAAAAAGGAGAAUAACCACCCAGUGGCAAGCAAUACGACGACUACCAGGCCAUCCUCAUUGCCCAAUUUGCCAUCUAGACAGUCUCAACUAAGCUCAAAUGAAAAUUCUGUAAACAAGCUGGCUGAUGGCAUACAUGGAUUUACUGCCAAAGAGGAAGAAAGGAUCCGAAAGUUGCAAGAAUGGCAGAAAGCCAAAGGCAAAUCAUAUAAACGACCGCCAAUGCCCACACCUGUGAAAAAAGUGGAGGUAAAAAAUGAACUUCCGACUAAACAGUCAUUCUGGGCUACCAUAGAAGAAGAGGAUGCCAUUAAUAGCCUGGUGACAAGCAUUGAUCGUAUGCUGUCAGACUGCUUGGAACUAAUACACAAGGGGUGUCCAUCAGAGGAAGUGCUUGACAUCAUGGCUCGCAUGCCUGUUGCGAAAAAGUUUGCUCGGUAUUGGAUGUGUAAGGCUUGGCUAAUGGAACGUGAUGGGAAUUAUGAUGUCCUACCACUUUUUGAAGAAGCUGUGCGGGAUGUUGCUGAGCCUGUUGAAGAACUUCGAGCUGUUAUAUUUGAGAUAAUGAAAAAAAAGGAAGAUAACAAAGUGGCUUUAAAUUCUGUCCCUGAGGAGCCAACUACUCCUCUCCACCUGAGCAGCAGUGAACCUGUUCCAGUGGAAAACGACUCAAGUAAGGCUACUGAGUAUGAGCCAAAGACACCAAAGUCUCUCAGUGUCCUGCUCAGAACUGAGAAGAAUGGAUCUUCUGUUGUCAAAUACAAAGUUACAAGCACAGCUGGUGGUGCAGAGAAGUGCCACAAGACACCAGUCCAUUUCAGAGGACAGGAGCUGAAAUUUCUGACCCCUGUGAGAAGAUCUGUUCGAAUUGAGAAGCGCUCUUACCCGCAUGCACUAGAGGAGCACGACUUGUGUGUAGCAUCUUACCAGGAGCUGAUGGCUGCUGAAGAUAUGGACGACGCAAAAUACGUUUACAGGCAGAAUGACGCAUUGCAGGACCAGAUCCAGAUGAAAUUUGUCCUAUUAAACUCUGGGAGUUCUUCCUUUGACGAGCAUCGUGUUUUUGCUCUUUAGUGCUGUGUAAUAUAAAAAUGGAAGGAAAAACAAAGUACAAAUGUAUUUAUUUGAUAUAUUAAUCAUGGCUUUUUAAUAAUACAUAAGGAGUUUUUUUAAAAACAAAGCGCUUUUUUUUUUUUUUUUUCUUCAAUUUUAGCCAUUCAUGAUUACUUACCAAUAUCUGGAUUAUAUUACAGUAUAAUGCGACAGGCUUGACUAGGUUGAGAAGGCUAGUGCUUCUGUGAGUAGCUGGACUGCCAAAUAAU